UUGAAAGCAUGUAAGUUAGCCAGACCAUUGUGAAGUAGUGGAGGCCUGGAGGUCCAUAAAAAUGGGCCUUUUUAGCAAAAGCGACCAGAGUUUACUACAAAAAAGGGGAUACACGCUCGGACAAGUGCUAGGACAAGGGAGUUACGCAACUGUCAAUAAAGCUACGCGGAAAAAGAACGAUAGUGAGGAACAUAUUGCCAUAAAGAUAAUCGCACUGGACCAGGUUCAGGAGGAAUUCAAGAAAAAGUUUUUGAGACGCGAACUUUCUAUUUCGAAGGUUCUUGACCAUCCAAACAUCAUAAAAACAAUAGAGGUAAUACAAGCAAAAAAUAAAGUUUAUAUUCCAAUCGAAUUAGCCACGAAAGGAGAUUUACUUGAAUUCAUACAACUCAGAGGACCAUUGCCUGAAAAUAUAGCGGCUGGGCUCUUUGGAGAUAUGUGUCGAGGAAUUGAAUAUAUUCACAACAAACAGGUCGUCCACCGAGAUUUAAAAUGCGAAAAUGUACUUUUGAGCGGAAAAAAUACAGCAAAAAUUGCCGAUUUUGGUUUUGCGAGGAAACAGAGAGAUAAUGAUCUCAGUGAAACAUACUGCGGAAGCGCAGCCUAUGCAGCACCGGAACUGUUAUCAGGGAUACCGUACAGAGGCGAUUUAGCGGACGUGUGGAGUCUGGGAGUCAUAUUGUUCACUAUGGCGUGUGCGAUGAUGCCUUUCCGAGACGGCAACAUAAAGACUCUUAUGAUGGACCAGUCAAGGCCUCUGCAAUACUCAGCUCGAUUUCAAAAAAGUUUGUCGACGUCUAUGAAAGAUUUAAUGCAAAAUAUGUUGACUCAUGAUAAAGACGCGAGGUUUAGUUUAUCAGAUGCGAUGGAGCAUAGGUGGAAUUCUGAAGCACUUGGAGGCGGCGAUAGAAAGAAAAGUGUACAAGAGGUUGGGGAAGCGUAGCUUUUGGUUUGAUAAAUAUAUAUUAAAGAAAUGAGAA